AUAAAAUGGUUUAAAAGGAGAAAAAAAAUGCUUUUAUUUUUACGGACAACUAAAAAUUAUUAUACAUGUUUGAGGAGGCUAAAUUCAGCAUUGGUUUUAUAAUUUUUGCCAGGGUGACGCUGCCAUAUGGGAAUUCAGGGAUGUUCAUCGAGAGAACAUCUUCUUACAUCACAGUAAAGGCAAAACUGGGACUGUUGCUCAUGUGGAAUGAAGACGAUGCUCUUUUGGUUGAACUGGAUGCAAAGUACAAAAAUCAAACUUGUGGUCUCUGUGGCGACUUCAACGGAGUCCAAAUUUACGACGAGUUCAUGCUGAAUGGAGAUACCCUGUCACCAUCUACCUACGGAAACCUCUGGAAGAUGGACGGGCCAACAGAAACAUGUGAAGAACAGACUUUAAAGAAAACAGAAAAUUGUGGAGAUGAGUUCUCUCUUCAUGUACAGAAUUUUUGCAGAGACCUAUUUUCAAGAGACCCUUUCAGUGGCUGUCAGGAUGUGGUGGCGGCUGAUGCAUUCAUCAAAGUCUGUAUGGAAGACCUGUGCCAUUGCAACACAUCCACAUCCUUCUGCCUGUGCGGCACCCUGUCUGAAUACUCCCGUCAGUGUGUCCAUGCAGGAGGGAAGCCCGCUGAGUGGAGAUCUAAUUCCUUCUGUCGUAAGUGUUUCCAUAGACAGUCAAACGGAAAACUCAUUAGCUGAACACUAACACAAAAUAGUUUUAAACACCUUAUUAUUGCCCUGCACACAGACAAUGCUAGAUAUCGUUGUUGACCUUUUCAAAACUUUAGGGCGGUCUUGGGGGAUAUAAUAAGCCUAUAUGUUAUUACAUGCAAUGUGCUGUUUUGCACACAAUUUGUUACGUUCUCUC